GCUUUUUGGCCUAUCAAAACAUAUCCUCUUGUUAGUUCAGUAGUUCAGGUACUAAGAAUACCAUUAAGCUAAAUAGUUUGUUAGAUGAAGGUUAGGACAGCUAUUUCUAGCAUUUGGUGAAGACCAGACAGUAUGCCUUGGUGUGCAUGGGUGUGUGUGUGAGAGAGAGAGAGAGAGAUGCAAAAAUUAGGCUCAUUAGUAGGAAUUUAAGUGCCCCAAAUGAUCCUAAAUCCCCUCCCUCUUCUCAGCCUGCUCAGUCCUCUCAGCUGACUUGGCUUUGUGAAAAAUUUAGGGGAGGAUACUGGGUUCUCACCCACACCAAUACAGGAACAAUUUCAGCAUGCAGGCACUAAUAAUGUCGAAAGUCUUGCUGGAAUGGGAAAAUGGCAGACCCUGAAACAUCCUUCCACGACUCAGAUUUGUAUAAGAAUGUAUUUUGCAAUCCAGCAUUUGAGCCAGACAAUGAGCAUGACGAAAUCAAAACAGAAGUAUUUAAGGUUGCCAUAUCCUCAGAACCCGUCAACAGUCCUACAACUCGAGGCAGCAGCGUGUUUGCUCUGUGCGUGGUGUGUGUGAGGAGACAGUGGUGUAGCUGGGGAGCACUGGUGUUUUCAGCAGUUGCUCUGUUGUUGUUGGCUGUCCUGGGACUCACACUAGCACUUGUUCUCAUACAUAUGAAUGGAGACCCUGCUGAAGGAAGAGUGUUGUCUCUAAACUCCUGGAGUGGAGACAGCGUUCAGCAAAGUCUUAUCCCAAAUCCCACUAUUCCUCUUCCUGAAUACAGCUCACCCAUGCCACACCUUGAGCAAGAGCCCAUACCAUAUACAAAAUGUGGAGGGGUCCUGACUGAAUCAGAGGGAACUAUCAGCUCCCCCAACCAUCCAGGCCCAUAUCCUCCUGACUCCAUGUGUGUGUGGGUGAUCAGGAUGUCUCCCCCAUCUCUGGUGCAGCUCUACAUCUCCUCCUUGGCCAUUGAGGGACCAGGACCAUGCCUUUUUGAUUGGCUGGAGCUUAGAGAAGAGGGAGAGCAUACCACCACAGUCACCAGGUUCUGUGGUAAUGUGGCUCCACCCACUGUGAACACUAACAGCAGCACUGUAUGGGUUUCAUUCCGAUCUGAUAGCAGUAUUGGGGGUAACGGCUUCAUUGCACAGUAUCACGCCAUCCUUCCAUGGCAAAAAAGCUGCUCUCCAGAGGAGUUUAUGUGCGAUAGCGGCCGUUGCCUGUUGCCUGUGUCUGUGUGUGACAGCCAGCUGAACUGUCAGGACCAGACAGAUGAGGCCAACUGCAGCCACAAACACAUGGACUGUGGAGGUGAAAAGACAGGUCCAAGUGGCUCAAUGUCCAGUCCAAAUCACCCAAAGCCUUAUCCUCACCAGCAGAGAUGUACAUGGCUUAUAUCUGCAGAGAAAGGCCAAGUUAUACAACUGAGUUUCCAUAACUUCAGCCUGGAGACUCAAGAUGUCUGUGAGUUUGACUAUGUUGAGGUUCAUGAUAGUAGCAGCACUGGAGACAGCAAUAUCCUAGGCAGAUACUGUGGCUCAGACCUCCCUCCUGACCUCACCUCCACUGGGCCCGUGAUGAGUGUGGUGUUUGUGGCUGAUGAAGGUGUGGCUGACAGUGGCUUUUAUGCCUCCUAUCAGGUCAUCACUCUCUCAGAGAGAGGCUGCAGUCCAGGGCAGUCUGCCUGCAGCACAGGGGAAUGUCUGCACCAUGACUGGUUCUGUGAUGGCUGGAAAGACUGUGCAGAUGGUUCAGAUGAGCAAAACUGCAGCAACUCCACCUAUCCCUUGUUCACUUCAUCUUGUGAGCCCAUUCAGGUGGAGAUGUGCCAAGGUCUGAGCUAUAAUCUCACGUCCUUCCCCAACAUAUGGCUCUCCAUUGCUGAUCAGAGAGAGGCUGCUUAUGUGCUUCGUCAGUACAGUGUGCUGAUGGAGUUGGAUUGUUUUAAGCCCCUGCGGCAGCUCAUGUGUGCGCUGUUCGUGCCGCAGUGCAGUGUGCAGGGUGGUGUGCUGCAGCCAUGCAGCUCCGUGUGUUCAGCGGCACAGCACCAGUGUGCACGUGAUCUGGAGCUCUUCAGCCUCAGCUGGCCCUUUAACUGUCACCUGCUGCCUGACUCACACGACCCCAAGCAGUGCUCCAUGCCAUAGACAACACUGCUUACACUGACUCGUUUCAAACCAUGACUCAGCAUUAUUGAAUUUCUGCUGCAGAUUUUUCAGUGUUUUUAUUAGUUUAAUUCAAGCUUACUUUUGUCAGGGUGCUCCAAAAAUAUUCUUUUAUACCAUACUGAUAUACUUUUUUGUAAUAUCAAUGAACUACGUUGUAUUUCUUAUUUAUACCCUUUUAGUUUGCUCAGCUACAGAAUUAAACUGCGGCCAGAAUCUGCAUCUUAUCUGCCUCAGCCGGUCUUUCAACUGCCAUAUGCUGUCCAAGCUCCCGUAUGUCUCGCAGCAUAGAGACUCUCAUGUCAAACCAUGACUAACUGCUUAAGUGGCUGGGGAUAAUUUCAGUGACCUCAUAUCUCUUUUUUUUUUUUUUUGGACACAACUGUGUCCUUCCUAAUGGCUAGUUUAUGUUCUUAUUUGACUGAUCAUUAUCAGUAUGUACAUGUAAAUGGUGACUGCUCUAUGCAUACUAAGGUAAAGUUUGGUGUUCUGCAAGGUUCUGUUUUAGGCCCACUUCUUUAUUCUUUAUAUAUGCUACCUCUGGGUAAAAUUAUUCGUAAACAUGGUAUUACCUAUUACUGUUAUGCUGAUGGCACACAGUUGUAUGUUUCAGCAAAGCCAUAUGAGAGACACCAGCUUAAUAAAGUUGAGGAAUGAGUAAUGGACAUUAAACAAUGGAUGCUUAUUAACUUCCUUCUACUUAAUUCUGACAAGACAGAAGUAUCAGAAAUAAUCAGAAGUAAUCAGAAAUAUUGCUAAGAUAAGAAAUAUAAUGUCACUACAUGAUGCAGAAAACCUAGUUCAUGCUUUUGUUACCGCUAGGUUGGAUUAUUGUAAUGCUUUACGGUCUGGAUGUUCCAGUAGGUGUAUAAACAAGCUCUUCUUACUAUGUUCUUACUAGAACCAGAAGAUAUGACCACAUCGACCCUAUCUUAUCCACUCUGAAUUGGCUCCCAAUCAAAUUUCACAUUGAUUAUAAAAUACUACUAUUGACCUAUAAAGCACUGAAUGGUCUGGAGCCACAGAACCUGAGCGAACUUUUGGUCUUUUAUGAUCCGCCACGACUACUUCGAUCAAAGGUGCAGGCUACUGGUUGGUACCUCGAAUAGUGAAAGCUACAGCAGGGGGUAGAGCUUUCUCUUACAAAGCCCCACAGUUAUGGAACAGCCUUCCACUUAGUGUUCGGGGCUCAGACACAGUCUUACGCAAUGGAGCAGGGUUCUGUAGGGUUCACAGGCAUAGAGUGCUGUGGUGAACUGGGAUGUUUGGAUGUUGUCACCCUCCCACUCUCACACAUUCACUCAGGUUUGUUGACGGUGGAGUCGCUGGCCGCUUCAUGUCUCAGGGCGCCCUCAUGUCUGUGUUACCUUCUGGCUCUCCCUUUUAGUUAUGCUGUCAUAGCCAGUCAUGAUAGAGUCCCAGCUUGCACUCUGCACAGAAUGUAUAUAUUCUUUAACCAUUACUUGGCAAUUAGCAUACCUAACAAUCUCUCUCUCUUUCUCUCUCUUGAGCUACACAUACUACUCCUGAGAUGCCAGUGAUUCUGACCCCUUCUGCUCUCCGGACCUGCCUGAUCCAUCCUGAUGCCCUACUUCUGGUUGGAGUUCUAAUCACUUGGAAAGCACUCGUAGCUGCUGAGGAUGGCCCCUCACAG